UGGAAAAAACGGGGAAAAUUAUUCAUCUUUGAGGGCUUCCGUUGCGUGCGCUGUGAAAACGAGAUCUUCUAACUACGUGGACGAAGUCGCGGGCAACAACUAAUUUUUGAUAGGAUUUUGUUUCUUAGAGAAAUUUGGUUAUUUUAAAGAAAGACGUCUUUGCUCUCGUCUUUUCCAAUGUUAGUAUGCUAUGAUUCCAGAGAGGGUGUAACUGAACUGCUGCAAAAUUUGAGCAAAUUAAAAAAUUAAUAAUACUUGCUACAGCACACAUAUUUCACAGCGAACGAAUAAUAUAUCACAUGGCACGACACUGUUUAUUAAAAUACGUUUCAUUUCAGUAAUGAGAGUAAGAACAGUCGGAUACAUUAAAAACAAACAAAUUGUUUAUGUAACGAAAUCGAUAUUAAACAGCAGUUCUCAAAACAAUGUAGCCGUAUAUAAAUCAAGGUUUAGUAUUGUUCCACUUAUUAAUUAUUCAGUAAUAAGUGCAACAAUAUUAAAAACAAUUGCAGUGAAAAAAAGAAAAAAGAGUUUAGUGCAAGUAGAAAAGUUUUAGUGCUUAAAAAAAAAACAAUUUACCUAACCAAGAAUAAAAACAUGAAUGAAUAAAAAAAGCCAGGAGAAGAAUAAAGUUUUUAUUGAAAUAAAUACUCAUUUUAAGAACGUUACGUUCGUAAAAAACAAAAUGAGUAAGCUAAUAAUAAGCUGGCAGUUAAUUACUUUUAUAUUUUUUCUUCUGGUUCGAGAAAAUUCCGGCCAAAACUUUGAAUACCAAAACAUAAGUAUUGAUAAUAACACCUCGUGUGAGGAGUUUGUGACCAACUACACUUUCAAUCCCGAGACCGUGGUCGACAUCGACUGGACCAUUUUCUACUUCUGGAAUCAUAAUUUUGAAGAAACUUAUACCAUCAAAUUCAGUAUUCCAACUAAAACGUUGAUAGAUCGGUUCAGAGUGGAAUUAGACGACAAGAUGAAGCCUCCUGUCAACUGGAGCAACGCGGAGCUGUUCAUGGAAACCUCCAUCGACUUCAGUGGACUGUUCAUCAGGACUAACGUAUCCGGAAUAUUCAUCAUCAUACCGUCUCUUGCUUUUGAAUAUGAAGACACUCCUCAGCUGUUAUUCAGCCUAAAGUACGUGCAGCCAAACUACCUCGGGAUCCUGAACUGCAAGUACCGCCUGUGCUAUGCCCUGGCACCAGUCGACAGAAUGCCAGACCAUCAUUUGUUGGAGCAAGAAGCAAAGAAGCUGGGUUUCCAUAGCAACUUCGGGAGAACCCACACGGCGAUCAUUCCUCCCCCACCCAAGUUGAUGCCGCCCCCUGAUGACAGACUGUUGGACGAUGAUGAUGAAGACGAGCAUUUGGAACUUAUAAACAGCGAGAAUUUGCAGUUAUUCUAACUUUCAUAUAAUGUAACCAUCUGUAGACAAGCGCGAUAGCUGGAGUUGUAAGGAAUGCAAAAAUUACUCAUAAAGAAUUAGGCAAUAGAUUGUCAUUUAGUUUCUUAUAGCGUCUUAAUGAUGUAACUUUUAAUUUUCAUUUAUUAAUAUGUAUAAAAAGAAUAGUGUUAGAAAU